AAAAAAUCUAAAGGCCUACGCAGACCGGGACGGCAAGGCAAGGGAUUUUGCCGUGAGUCAGCGCACACUGGCCGCUUAGAUACCGCGGCAUUCCAGCACUUUGCCACGGCAUGCCACGGCGUGCCGCGGCACGACAAAGCACGCCUCAGCGACUCCUGCUGCCUGAUACACUUUUAGUCUUCAGUUGCGUUUGAUCGAGUGUUGGUGUGCCUCAGUUUUAAAAUGGUAGAUUGGGAUUUGGUGUUGAUAUCGAUUAUUGCAGAUGAAGAAGAAGGUGCACAGGCUAAUAAUAGGGAUAGAAGAAGAUUUUGGGUUGAUAAUUUAUGGAAAGAAAGGGAAUCAAAGGGUGAAUUCAAUAAUUUAUUUAAUGAUUUAAAAUACGACGUGCAAAAAUUUUAUGACUAUCAUAGAAUGGAUUAUGAGAAAUUUCAAGCACUGUUGAAUAUAUGUCGACCAUAUAUCGAAAAACAGAGGACCAAUUUUCGCAACCCCAUUGAAGCCGAUCAGAGAUUAUCCUUGUGUUUGAGAUUUUUGAUCACGGGAAGUAGCUUCAAGUCUCUAGGUUACAGCUAUCGCAUGGGGUUUAGUACAGUGCGCUCUAUCGUACAUGAAACUUGCCGAGUCAUUUGGAAUGCCCUAAGACCUAGUGUUAUGCCAAAACCAACAAGGGAAAAAUGGACGCGAAUCGCGAUGGAAUUUGAUGAAAAAUGGAAUUUCCCGAACUGCAUCGGUGCAAUAGAUGGUAAACAUUUCAAGAUAAAAGCACCUCGCAAUAGUGGAAGUCUCUACAUAAACUAUAAAAAGUUUUUCAGUAUCGUACUACUAGCGGUUGUGGAUGCAAAUUAUAAAUUUGUGAUUGCAGAUGUAGGAUCAUAUGGACGAAAUAGUGAUGGAGGUAUAAUGCAAAACUCAAUAUUUGGAAAAAAAUUGACUUCUAAUGCCCUCGAUAUUCCCCCAAAAAAACGUUUACCGAGGACAGAUCUUGAGUUGCCGUAUGUUUUUGUAGCAGACGAGGCUUUUCCGUUAACCACAAACAUUAUGAGACCAUUUAGUGGCGAUCGAUUGACAGAUGAAGCAAUGAAAAUAUACAAUUAUCGUUUGAGUAGAGCCAGGCGUAUCGUCGAAAAUGCAUUUGGUAUACUUCAAGAACGUUUCGAAUUAUGUCAAAAAGGAAUUCAGGUUCAACCAAAAUAUGUUGAUAAUAUCAUUUUAGCAUGUACUUGCUUACACAAUUUCAUCAUAGGUGGUACAAGCACAGAAAGCCAAAAUAUAGCAAGUGUAAGCAUUAAUUUAGAAAACGAUAAUAAUAUGAACAAUGCAUUAGAUGGUAUGACAGUACGGGAGAUGUUUAAAGAUUACUUUAGGUCUGAUGAGGGCUCUAUUCCAUGGCAAAACGAUAUUGUAAAUAGACAUUAAUACUGUGUUAAAUCUUAAAAUAUAAUUAUAGUGCAAAAAUAUUUA